UCUGGGUCAUUUGAGUGAAGAACCCGAACAAAAACCCUUGACCUAUUAUCCCUAAAACCCCAGUCCCAAGAUAGAAGACGACGACGACGAUAACGAGCUAAACCAUGAGCUCCUUCAAUGGAAACAGUAACAUUGACAAUCUCCUCAUCCAGACCCUACUUGGUCGCCUCCAAAUCCGUCCUCCCAAUUCCCCUUUUCUCUCUCAAUCCCUAGAAGACCUCCUCUUCAAAUCCGACAACCUCUCCGACGACAGCGACGGCGAGUAUUCCGGAGAUUAUCAGAGCAAGCUCGCCCGAGAAGAGGCCAGGCUCGAGAAGGAGCUGAUCCGGAUUAUCGUGUCGGGUCGGAGCGAUUCUCUUAAACCCAAUUCGGGUCAGGCGGUGACAGUCAACGAUCACCACAUCUGUGUAGGGUUUCACGAAGAUGAGGACAGUGAUUAUCGUGUCUGGGAAUGGCACGGGCAUAUCAUGCUGUUCGACGAGGAGAACGGAUACACGCCUGAGUAUAUCUACGGGAACUACUUCGAGAGGUUGCCGGUGAGGUUACCGAAUCGACGUGUGGAGAAGGAGAAGAAGGAGGUGAAAGAGAAGGAGGAAGAGGAGGAGGAGGAGAAGGUGGAGAAUUUAGGGCUCAGAGAACUGAUCGAUGGCGGAGAUUCUGCUCGUGGUCGGAUUCUUCACCGGAACAUCAACGCCGGUUCUCGAAGGGUCUAAGGUUCUGCAAGCAUGGCGAUUCAGCAUUGACGGGGAGGAUUUCCGGCACGAAAAAAGCUCGACACUGUGUUUGCCCGUUCGCUUCAGUUUCAGCCCAAGGGAAGAGAAAUAUCUCUUUCUGCUUCAGUGCAUCGGUUUUUUUCAUGGAGGUUCGUAUAAAGAUCUUCAGUGGAUGAAUGAUCAUGAACAGAGAAAAAAAAAGAUUACAUGAUAUUAUGGUUUUGCUGCCCUUUUGACAUUGUUCUCCGGUUUGUUAAAAUUUUAUGCGAUUGAUUGCCUUAAAUAAUCCUCUCGUUUCUUCAACCA